AUGGCUUUUUUUGCGCUGUUCGCAAGCAUCGGUAUGGCUCAGGCAGCCACGAUCUACCUCGCUGGCGAUUCCCUCAUGGCAUACAAUCCACACAACCUCCCCAUCGUUGGCUGGGGUCACCCUCUGGAGAACAUGGUCAACUAUAAGAUCGUGAACUAUGCUAUCGGCGGUGCAAGCGCACGAUCAUUCACCGAAAACGGUUACUUUACCCAAAUCGCGAACCACAUACAAGAAGGCGACAUCAUGAUCGCUGCGUUCGGGAUCAACGACGAGUACGUCACCGACCCGCAAAAGGGCGGCUCAUGUCCUCCCGAGCUUGUUGGCAAGUCGGCCUGUGUCGAUAGCCAAGGAAACAAGAUCAAGACGUACCAAGAAUACAUGGCUGAUGCAACGCGCACAAUGAUUGGCAAAAAGGCGCUUGUCAUUCUGAGCUCCGCCGACCCUCACAAUGACAUUUUCAAGACGCCCGACACGUUUCAUUUUGUGCCUUCGCCAUUCGAUGUACAAGGCAAAGCCGCAGCAGAAGAAACAGGCGCCUACUGGGUCGAUCACGGUCUUGCAUUUGCCGCCUAUUUCAAGAGCAUUGGGCCCGAGGCGACGUCUGAUCUUUUCACGCCACCCAAGAUCAACCUCACACAUACGAAUGCACAGGGCGCAUACCAGGCCGCUCUUGCCUUCCUUCGCGCGAUGGUCUGUGCAAAGAACCCGCUUGCUUCUGCCAUGAUCAAGAUCUCGGAGGAGGAAAUGACAAAGUACUGCACGCCAGAUGAUGUCAAGGAGAUUGGUCAAGACUGCCCGGCCGAUAUCUCCAAUGCCAUCAUCGGCUGGGGACAUCCUUUCGCAGAGCUCGUCAACUACAAAGUCGAGAAUUGGGCUAUCCAUGGUGCAAGCGUACGAUCAUUCACCGGAGCCGGCUUCUUCGAGCAGAUCGCGGAUCGUAUCACAGAAGGAGAUAUUAUGAUCGCUGCAUUCGGUAUCAAUGACGAGCACGCUACGGAUCCUCAAAAGGGCGCAUCCUGUCCUCCCGAACUUGUUGGCAAGCCCGCCUGCAUUGACGCUCGCGGCAAUGCCAUCAAGUCAUAUCAAGGCUACAUGGCCGAUGCGGCCAACAUGAUGAUAGGAAAAGGCGCCCAUGUCAUUUUGAGCUCUGCCGAUCCACGGAACGAUGUCUUCCCAACGCCCACAUCGUUCAAUUUUGUUCCUUCACCUUACGACGCCCAAGGUAAAGCGGCAGCAGAACAGACGGGAGCAUACUGGGUCGAGCACGGCCUCGCAACUGCGGCUUACUACAAGAGCAUUGGCCCGGUCGCCACGACUGCCUUCUUCCCGGCGUACGAUCACAACAUCACUCACACGAAUGCCAAGGGUGCGCUCGAAGCUGCUCUUGCAUUUCUGCGCGCUAUGAUCUGUGCAAACAAUCCACUUAUCGCGGCAAUGAUGUCAGUGAAAGUGGACGCUUUGCCAAAAUAUUGCACUCCAGACGAUGUCAAAGAGAUCGGUCAAGACUCUCCUGCUGUCUUUCCACCUCAAAACGAGAUAAAGUCCAAAGCCGGAAUGACCAACGAUCGCGACCGUAUGUAG